UAGCCCUGGACCUCUGUCGGGGUUGGGUGGGUCUCGACGGCGGUGGCGGCUGCGGUAGUGACAGUGACUGCUUGAGACUUAGUAGGAAAUAGCGAUGGCGAUGUCGGACAGUGGGGCGAGCCGCUUGCGGCGGCAGCUGGAGUCGGGUGGCUUUGAGGCGAGCCUGUACGUGAAGCAGCUCUCGCAGCAGUCGGACGGGGACCGGGAUCUGCAGGAGCACCGGCAGCGCAUCCAGGCGCUGGCGGAGGAGACGGCGCAGAACCUGAAGCGCAACGUCUACCAGAACUACCGGCAAUUCAUCGAGACGGCCCGCGAGAUCUCCUACUUGGAGAGCGAGAUGUAUCAACUCAGUCAUCUGCUUACCGAACAGAAGAGCAGCCUGGAGAGCAUCCCGCUUACCCUGCUCCCCGCCACCGCCGCGGUUUCUGGGGCUGCCGCGGCCUCUGGAGGAGAGGAGGGAGCAGUGGGUGCUGGGGGCCGAGACCACCUCCGAGGCCAGGCUGGCUUUUUUCCUACCUCCGGGGGCGCCUGCCGCGACAGUUCAGGUUCGGGUGAGGAAGGGAAGCAGCGCACUCUCACCACCUUGCUUGAGAAGGUGGAAGGCUGCCGGCACCUGCUAGAGACACCGGGCCAGUACCUGGUGUACAACGGGGAUCUGGUGGAAUACGAGGCGGACCACAUGGCCCAGCUGCAGCGGGUGCAUGGCUUUCUCAUGAAUGACUGCUUGCUGGUGGCCACCUGGCUGCCACAGCGGCGGGGCAUGUAUCGCUACAACGCCCUUUAUCCCCUAGAUGGUCUGGCCGUGGUCAACGUUAAGGACAACCCACCCAUGAAGGACAUGUUCAAGCUGCUCAUGUUUCCCGAGAGCCGUAUUUUUCAGGCGGAAAAUGCUAAAAUCAAACGGGAGUGGCUGGAAGUGCUGGAGGAAACCAAGAGGGCCCUCAGUGAAAAAAGACGAAGGGAGCAAGAGGAGGCAGCGGCCCCUCGCGGGCCACCGCAAGUGACUUCCAAGGCCACCAACCCAUUUGAGGAUGAUGAAGAAGAAGAACUGGCUGUUCCUGAGGUAGAGGAAGAGAAGGUGGACCUCUCAAUGGAAUGGAUCCAGGAGUUACCUGAAGACCUGGACGUUUGUAUUGCCCAGAGGGACUUUGAAGGGGCCGUUGACCUGCUGGACAAACUGAACCACUACCUGGAAGAUAAGCCCAGUCCCCCGCCUGUAAAAGAACUAAGGGCCAAAGUGGAUGAGCGCGUCCGUCAGCUCACUGAGGUAUUAGUUUUUGAACUCUCCCCAGAUCGUUCCCUGAGAGGUGGUCCCAAGGCUACUCGCAGGGCAGUUUCUCAACUAAUCCGGCUUGGCCAGUGCACCAAGGCUUGUGAGUUGUUUUUGAGAAACAGGGCAGCAGCUGUGCAUACUGCCAUACGUCAGCUGCGCAUUGAAGGUGCCACUUUACUCUAUAUUCAUAAGCUAUGCCAUGUCUUCUUUAACAGCCUACUUGAGACUGCAAGAGAAUUUGAGACAGAUUUUGCAGGCACUGACAGUGGCUGCUGCUCCGCCUUUGUGGUCUGGGCACGGUCAGCCAUGGGCAUGUUUGUGGAUGCUUUUAGCAAGCAAGUGUUUGAUAGCAAAGAGAGCCUCUCAACAGCCGCUGAGUGUGUAAAGGUGGCUAAGGAUCAGUGUCAGCUACUGGGUGAUAGGGGACUAGACCUUACCUUCAUCAUCCAUGCCCUUCUGGUGAAAGAUAUCCAAGGGGCCUUGCACAGUUACAAAGAAAUCAUCAUCGAAGCCACUAAGCAUCGCAACUCUGAGGAAAUGUGGAGGAGAAUGAACUUGAUGACUCCAGAGGCCCUGGGUAAACUCAAAGAAGAGAUGAAAAGUUGUGGGGUAAGUAAUUUUGAGCAGUACACAGGGGAUGACUGUUGGGUGAACCUAAGUUACACAGUGGUUGCUUUUACCAAACAGACCAUGGGCUUUUUGGAAGAGGCACUGAAGCUGUACUUCCCAGAGCUGCACAUGGUACUUUUGGAGAGCCUGGUGGAAAUUAUUUUGGUUGCAGUUCAGCAUGUGGAUUAUAGUCUUCGGUGUGAGCAGGAUCCGGAGAAGAAGGCCUUUAUCAGACAGAAUGCAUCCUUUCUAUAUGAAACAGUCCUCCCUGUGGUGGAGAAAAGGUUUGAAGAAGGUGUGGGGAAACCGGCCAAGCAACUCCAAGACCUGAGGAAUGCAUCCAGACUUAUUCGUGUGAACCCUGAAAGUACAACAUCAGUAGUCUGAUGCUUGGGUCUGUUCAUAUAUAUGUACAUAAAUUACUUAUGUAUUAUUUAUAUUAAGUUACGUUAGCAUAUUCUUUAAUGUCUCCAACAUCACUUAAAAAUAAAGAUGUCCUCUCAGAAAUGCCAAGUCAAAAGGAAAAAGAAACAAAAAGUUUAAUUAAGCCAAAGUAACAAAAUCAGUGGAAUUAUUAAAACAUAUAAUAUUCUUUCCUUUUAAAUUAUGCUAAUUCUAUAUAGUCACACUAUAGUAUUUCACCUUAUCCUUUGAGUCAACAUACGCUUUCUCACAGUAUAUAUUAUAUAGCACAGAGAAAUAAUAUCUGUAAAUACAUAGAGUUUAAAGUAUAUUGUGAAAAGUUUCCCAUUUCACUAAAAUGUUAGGUUUUUUGAAUCACUUACAGGGUACAAUGCCAUAUAAAACACCUUGCAUCAUGUAUUUCCCCACUGUAAAAUGUGAAUGAACAAUUCGAAGAAAAGAAAGGAGUUGGGAAAAUUUGUGUUAGGGUAAAAAUUAUAGUCAAAAGAAUUCUUUCCUGAAACUAAUUAGUGUGUGGACUUAGAUAGGUCAAUCCUAUACAAUAAAAGAGGAAGCUUUCUUAAAACAGUUCAGCUGACAUUUCUAGCAUACUUUGAAUGAUUGGUUAUUUUCAGCUGCCAAUUAGCAGCUACAUACUACUUGAUUUGAGAGCCUUGACUUCAAAAUCUUAACAACUAUGGCAAAGUAAUUUUUUUCAGUGUAUUCCAGAACUGUGUAAGUUUCCAGCUGGAGUUUUCAUCUUUGUCCUGUUAAAAUAAUAACAAUGAUAUUAAUAAAAUCAAAAGACUGGGUGCACUGAGGAAGCUGGCAGCAGUCAGUGCUUUUAGCUGCCCCUGUUUCAGUGUAGGUGAUGUAGUGCCACAGACUUUGUGCAAAUAGGAGAAAAUUUUUCACUGAAAUGUUAGCUUGGAUUUCAGGGUCUGGGUGAACAGAGAAAUAGGGAAAUAUCAAAUGCAAAUCACAUAGUGUUCUCAAGUAACUACUUUGAGCAGAGACUUGUUUUUGUUUUUGUAACAAAGUGGAGAACUGAGGUGAGACAAUGUACCCAAAGCCUAGGGAGGAGGAGAACUUUUUAUGACUCCUCCUGAAAGCUGUGCCACAUUUUUCUUAUUUUAUUUUUUAUUUUCCUGCUUUGUUUUUAAAAGUGAAUAUAAUGUUUAUUUCAGAUUGUUUGGUAAAACAACUAAAGAAAUUUAGGUUUCCCAAGGUUUCUAAACUAUUGCUUCUACAGUAUAUUGAUUAUAUAACAUUCCUCAUACUUUGAGAGAAAUUGUGCUUGCUGAGAUCCAUUUUUCCCCCUAACUUCUAGUUGUGAUUCUUGUCUAUAAAUGCCAUUUUUGAUGCCAAGGACUUCAAAAGGUCAUUUCUUUUAUCCAAAUAAAAAUGGUGGUAAGACGGGAAAUUACGUAAAACCUAAAAUAGAUUCCAAACAGUGGCUUAGGAUUAUAAAACUCCUUGACUUAAUUGCUCAUUUGCCAGAUCAGCCUUUUAUUUUAUUUCAUUUUUAGCUAUGCAUAUUUAAAAGUAUGAAAAUUAUCAAGUUACAGAUUUUGACCAACUUUCUCCUAUAACUUUCAGAUUUUCUAGAUAAUAAGCAUAACUGGAGAUGUCAGUUGAACAAAGACAGUUAUUUCUUUUUUAAGAUCACUGGAAACUUAAAUUUGAUAAAACUUUGUGAUUGUUAGGAUUAUUUUGUGCCAUUUAAGGUCGCUAAAAUUAUACUGUAUGAAACACAUAUUGUGUAAAAAUUUGAUGCUGGGUCCAUGACAUGAUACUUCUCAAAUUGAAACUUCUAAGACAUGAAGUUAUAAAAACUUAAAUGUGUAUACUUGGGUAUUUAAGUGUUUGCUUCAUCAUAAAACUGGCUGCUUUUUAAAACUGGAAGUACAGAACUUUCUUCUGUUAAACUUGUGUGUUUCUUAGUCAGAGUUGUAGCUGAAGGAAGGUUUUUUUUGAUGAAUCAAUUAGUGUGGGAAGUUGAUUAAAGACCACCAAUGUUAUAAUAUACCUUUGUGCCAAGACAGAACAAAUAAGCUCCAUUCCUUAAAGUGGAGUCAGAGCUUGUCUUUCUGAUUCUUUUGUUUCUUUAAACUCUAAAACAAGUUAUAAAAAUUGAAUGCAGUUAGAGUUUUCCCAGAAAUAUAGUACAUAUUAAGAGCUGAUUGCCUUUUCUUGUUUGCUUCAAACAUAACACUGUCACUUAAGCUUGGAAUCACAGACUUAAUUGAAUUAAUUGCUAUUGAAAAAAGACACUGUGAAAUUAAGUCUCUUUGAUUAAAGCCUCAUUUCACUUAAGUGCUGAAACCUCACUUAUUUUGUUUAAAAUACUACCUAUCGUUUAAUUGUCAGCACUAGUAUUUUGCAACUUGAUUAUCUUACCUAGAAUUGGGAAUUUAGGACUUAAUAUGUAAUAUGAAAUCAGUACAUGUGCAUUUUGCUUACUGAUAUGAUGCUGUGAUAUAAGAGAAUUUGAAAUGUUUUAUAAAAAUAAAGAUUGAAAAUUUUCUUACACUGGAUAAAAUUGCUUGAUGUUAAAAUGUUAUAUCUAUUUCUCUAAAGUCUUUGAUCAUAAUUUAAUAUUCUUAUCCUCUUGUUAAUUUCACUACUGAAAUAUUUUGGAGAGCCAAGAUUGGUGGGUUUUUAUUGGUAUAGGGGAGUAGACAGAAAGCUGUUAGCUAAUGUAAUUCAUGUUCUUCUUACUGUCAGAAUUAUGAAUAAAUCAGGUCUGAAAUUUUUAGGAUUCCCUUGAAUGGGAAAUUUUCAUAUAUUCAAAAUGUAAAUUUACUCUAAAAAGUGGAUAUUGUAUCAUCUGCAUGUACCUAAAUGAGGAAAAUACAAUACAGGCCACAAUUCCUGGGAAAUAAAUGAUAAAGUUCUUUUUUUUUUUUUUUACAAUAAUAUAUAUAUACUGAGGGAAUUAUCACAUAAAACUGAUUAAAAAGUAUUUAUUGAAUUCUUAUGCCUAACAUUGUCUGUAUUGUGGGAAUAAGGAUAUAAAAUAAAUUUAGGCAUGCUUUCUCCUCUUAAGAUGCUUAAACUGUGGGAAAAUUCAACAAAUGUUAGUUAAGUGCAGGCCAUGUGUUACAGUUUCACUUCAGUGGGAACACUGUAAAGGAAUAAGCAGGGUAGUUUUGAGGAGUUAGGAAAAUUCUCAUGGAAUUGCUAGCACUUGAGCUGGCCCUUGAAGAAUGGUGAAGAUUUAGAGCUGCAAAGAAAAAGAAAGAGCAUGACCUGAGCAAAAACACAGAAGUGGGAAUAUGUGUGGCAUAUUUGAAGAGAUCUGCUUGAAUGGAUUGCAGAAUGCAGGUUGGACAGUUCUAUGAAAUAAUGUUGUAUGGGGGUUAUAAGCCCAUUAUGAAGAGUUUUGAAAGUCAACCAUCAGGAUUUAGACUUGAUGUAUUACUAUCACAGAGUCAUUGCAGAUUUUUUUCAGUUAGUGGAAAAAUUAAUAAAAGUAAUACAUGCUUACUAAGAAAGCUCCAAUCAAUGCAAAAGUAAAAAAUCAAAGUUCUCAUUCUCACCCAAACCCCCUAAUGAUCUCUCCCAACAGGGGUAACUGCUGGGAAUUUCUCGUGUUUUUUUUUCCAGAAAUUGGAUCGUAUUAUACAUUUUGUUCUGCAUCUUGAUUUUUUUUACUUAGUUCAGUAUAUUUCAAACAUAUGUUUAAGACCUAUUCCUAUGACUAGACCUGUUUUCUUGUCAUGUGGUUGAAUAGUGUUAAGUCUCAUUGAAUGGAUAAAUCAUUUUGCAUUUUUUAGUUACUUUGUUAUGUCCAGAUUUUUGUGAUUACAAAAAAAUCCUGCAAAAAAAAUUUCCUAUAUAUGUUUGCUUACUUGUAUGACUGUAUCUAUAGAACACAUUUCUAGAAAUUGUUCUGUCAAACUGUGCAUUUUAAAUUUAGAUAAACACUGCCAAAUUGCUCUUCAGGAAAAUUACACAAUUUUACAUUCUCCCUGACAGUUUAAAAUACCUGUGUCCCCAAAUUCUCAUACAUUUGUAUCAUAAAUACAAACACUUUGUAGUACAGUGUAUUCAAUUUUACUAACUUAUCUGUGAAAAAUUAGUAUCUGGUUUUACUUGUAAUUCUUAUGAGCAAGGCUGAACAACUUUGGAUUUCUUUUUCCAUUAAGCUCCCUGUUUAUGACCUUUGCUCAUUUUUCUCUUAGGUUAUCUUUGUAAAAUUAUUUUUGUAGGAGUUUACUAUAUAUUUAGGAAAUUAACCUUUCAUCUGUCCUAUGUGUUGUUGGUUUGGUUUUUUUUUUCAUGGUUAUCAUUUAUUCAUUCCUUUAUUUUUGUAGUAUAGUAAAUUUUAAUCUGUUACAAAAGUAGAUUUAUGUGUUUUUUCUUAAUGACUUUUAUGUUUGGUGUCAGGCUUAAAAAAGUCUUACCCACUCUGAGAUUCUAAAAAUAUUCAUGUUUUUUUUCCUAGCAAUUUAUGACAUUUUAAUAUUUGAAGUUUUGCUCCAUCUAAAAUUCAUUUUGGAGUAAAGAAUGAUGUAAGAAUUCCAUGACCCAUCCUCCCAAAUAACUAGCAAGUUGUUAACAACAACUUUCCCCCAUUUACUUGAAAUGCCGUUUUAAUAAUAUAUUACAUUCAUAUUAGAUUUGUAUCUGGGUACAUUUUUUAGACUAUUUUCUCUUUCUAUGCCAGUAUGAAGUUGUUUUAAGUAACUAGAUUUAACAGUUGAUGGUACUGGUCUCAUUACUUUGCUCUUUCAGAGUCUUCCUAAGUAUUCUCACAUGUUUAAUAUUCAAGCUGUAUUUAAUCAUUUUAUGACAUUCUCUACCAUCCCCAAAAGAUUUGGCAUUUGGAUUGCAAUCAUAGCGAGUUUAUAGAUUAAUUUAGGCAGAAUUGCCACCUUUAUGAUUUUGAAUCUGCCUCUCCAUUUUUGCAGGUUUUCUUUUGCAUUUCAGUAGCAUUUAAAAUUGUACUUCAGGUGGAUCUUGUACAUUUCUUGGUGAGUUUAUUCCUUCAUCUUUCAAGGCUAUUGUAAAUGGAAUCUUUACCUCCAUUAUGUUUUCUGAUUGUUUGUAUGCAGGAAACAUACUUAUUUUAACUACAAAUGUUGUAACCUGUGUCCUAUUUAAUUAUUUUAUGGAUUUUAAUAGUUAUCUGGUUGUUUCUUUGGAGUUUUCAAAAAUACAGUCAUAUCACUUGCAAAUAAAGAUCAUAUUGCCUCUUCAAUUUUCAUACUUCUUACAUAGUUCUCUAUUCAAUACUAAGUUUAACAUCCAAAACUAUGUUAAAUAAUAUUUUUUUGCUUGAUGUUAAUGUGACUGUUUUUCCUGUUUUUCCUUGAAGCAUGAUGCUCAUUCUUGAUCAUUUUAUUAAGGAAGAGUUUAUUCCAGUUAAUGAGGAGUUGUGUUUAAUUUUAGGUGAGGAAUGCAUGUUGAAUUUUAUCAAGUGACUCUCAGCAUUUAUUCAGCUAAUCAUGACUUUCCUCCUUUUAUCAUAUUGAUUUGUUGGUUGUUUUUUUUUAAUGGACAUUGUUCACAUACCAUACAACUAUCCAAAGAUCCAAAGUGUGCAGUCAGUUGCCCAUGGUACCAUCAUACAGCUG